AUGAAAAAGAAAUAUGAAGGCAAUGCUAGAGUGAAGCGCUCAACUCUUCAAGCCUUGAGAAGAGACUUUGAAACUCUCGAAAUGAAGGUUGGUGAAACAAUUACUGAUUAUUUUGCUAGAGUCAUGUCAGUAGCAAACAAGAUGAGAGUGUAUGGGGAGGCUAUGACUGAUGUUACAAUUUGUGAGAAAAUUCUUAGAUCCCUCACCGACAAAUUUUAUUAUAUAGUCUGUUCGAUUGAGGAGUCUAGGGAUAUGGAUGCACUCACUAUUGAUGAGCUUCAAAGCUCGCUCAUUGUGCAUGAGCAAAAGUUUCACAGGAGCAGUGGUGUUGAGCAAGCUCUAAAGGUGACAACUGAUGAAAGAGUUGGAGGCAGAGGUCGUGGAAGAAGCAAUUACAGAGGAAGAGGUCGUGGAAGAGGAGGUCAGGCAUUCAACAGAGCUGAUGUGGAAUGCUUCAAGUGUCACAAUCUUGGACAUUUCCAGUAUGAGUGUCCAAAGUGGGAUAAGGAGGCAAAUUACACAGAAGUGAAUGAAGAGGAUGAGAUGCUUUUGAUGUCAUAUGUUGAAUCACAUGAGGUGAAACGGAAUGAUGCAUGGUUCCUUGACUAG